AUGCAGGGACAAGCUGCGUAUCCUGGAAGACCUGAACAUGCUGUACAUCCCGCCAGAUCGCCCUCAGCCUGGAGCCCCCUAACUGGGGUCUUGUCUGGGGCAGGCAAAGUCCCUUCUAUCCACCUGUUUUUAUCCCAGCCUUCCUCCGAGCUGCAGUGGCAGGGACUGUCCUCUCCUUCCUCGCGGUAUCCUCACAACCACCCUGUGUGGGACUGGGGCGGGGGAGGGGAGGGGAGGGGUCUCACCCCGCAGCCCUGCUUUGGGGGAGGGGAGCAGAGCAGUGGGUCUCUGGGCCAGGCUUUGGGGCAGCAAGGGGGGAGAAUGGUGAAUGGGGAGCAGACGGUGCAUGUGGGGAGCUGCCCCUUUGUCUUCCUGGUCCACAGUGUCCUGCAGCUCUGGCGCCUGAGAGUUUACGGAUACAACCUCCAAGGGGAGGGGGCUGCAGAAAAAAGGCUUUCCCUGAUUGCUCCCUUCGGAUGCCGGUCCCACGGACGCAUCGCUUUGCCUUGUCGGGGCAAAGUCUCUAUCUCAGAUAUCCGGAUCCCCCUGAUGUGGAAGGACACGGAGUAUUUCAAAAACAAGGGAGAUCUGCACCACUGUGCCGUGUUUUGCUUGCUGCAGAUCGGCACAGAAAUCUAUGACACGGAGAUGGUUCUGGUCAACCGGACCCUCACGGACAUUUGCUUCGAGAGCACCGUCCUCUUCACGGAGGCAGGUCCAGACUUCGAGCUGAAAGUGGAGCUGUACAGUGCAGGCCUGGAGGAAGACUUGGCCCUGGGCAACACCCCGAAGAAACUCGCCAGUCGCCUGAGCAGCUCCCUGGGGCGCUCGUCUGGGAAGCGGGUCCGAGCAGCCCUGGAUGGGGGCGUGCCUGGCAGCCCUGGCAGCAACGGGGGCAGCGGUCCCCUCCUGCUGCCAGCUCCCAGCAUGGCAGGCCCCAAGUACCAGCUGCUGGCGUGCACCACCCUCCACCUGGCCGACGUCCAGGAUGCCUUCCGGACCCACGAUCUCGUCAUCACUGGCCACGGUAGGCACGGCAGGGCGGGCGCUGGGGCGGGCGGGUCUUGGGCAGGCAAACGAAUCCUUUCCUGUCUGUGAGGGAGGCCAACCUGUGUCCCAAC